GCUCCGAGCCCCGCCCCCUCCCCCCUAAUUGAUAUUAUUGGAGUGUGGAGCAAGCGGCCGGUCUGCAGUCGGAGACUUGCAGGCAGCAAACACGGUGCGAACGAACCGGAGGGGGGUGAGAAAUCAAACAGCUAAGCGUGGAGCAGCCGGCCUGGGACCCAGAAGGGAGAUCGAUGCGAGGAGCGCAAUAAUAACAACAAUAAUAACCCACUUCGGAGCAAACAGCAUCUAAAGAGCUGCGACCCAACUGCAGCCUAAAAUCAAACCUGCUCAUGCACCAUGGUUUUUCAAACUCGGUACCCUUCGUGGAUUAUUUUGUGCUACAUCUGGCUGCUCAGCUUUGCACACACAGGGGAGGCGCAGGCUGCGAAGGAAGUACUAUUACUGGACUCUAAAGCACAACAAACAGAAUUGGAAUGGAUUUCCUCUCCACCCAGUGGGUGGGAAGAAAUUAGUGGUUUGGAUGAGAACUACACUCCGAUAAGAACAUACCAGGUGUGCCAGGUCAUGGAGCCCAACCAGAACAACUGGCUGCGGACUAACUGGAUUUCUAAAGGCAACGCACAAAGGAUUUUUGUAGAAUUGAAAUUCACCUUGAGGGAUUGUAAUAGUCUUCCCGGAGUGCUGGGAACGUGCAAGGAAACCUUUAAUUUGUACUAUUAUGAAACAGACUACGACACCGGCAGGAAUAUAAGAGAAAACCUUUACGUAAAAAUAGACACCAUUGCUGCAGAUGAAAGUUUUACCCAAGGUGACCUUGGUGAAAGAAAGAUGAAGCUGAACACUGAGGUGAGAGAGAUUGGACCUUUGUCCAAAAAGGGAUUCUAUCUUGCCUUUCAGGAUGUAGGGGCUUGCAUAGCAUUGGUUUCUGUCAAAGUAUACUACAAGAAGUGCUGGUCCAUUAUUGAGAACUUAGCUGUCUUUCCAGAUACAGUGACUGGUUCAGAAUUUUCCUCCUUAGUUGAGGUUCGUGGGACAUGUGUCAGCAGUGCCGAGGAAGAGGCAGAAAAUUCACCCAGGAUGCAUUGCAGUGCAGAAGGAGAGUGGUUAGUACCCAUUGGAAAAUGUAUCUGCAAAGCAGGCUAUCAGCAAAAAGGGGACACGUGUGAACCCUGUGGCCGCAGGUUCUACAAAUCUUCCUCUCAAGAUCUUCAGUGUUCUCGUUGUCCAACCCACAGUUUCUCUGACCGAGAAGGCUCCUCGAGAUGUGAAUGUGAAGAUGGCUACUACAGAGCUCCUUCUGACCCGCCGUAUGUCGCGUGCACGAGGCCUCCCUCUGCACCACAGAACCUUAUUUUCAAUAUCAAUCAAACCACUGUAAGUUUGGAGUGGAGUCCUCCGGCAGACAACGGGGGAAGAAAUGAUGUCACCUACAGAAUAUUGUGUAAACGGUGCAGUUGGGAGCAAGGAGAAUGUGUUCCAUGUGGAAGUAACAUUGGAUACAUGCCCCAGCAGACGGGAUUAGAGGAUAACUAUGUCACUGUCAUGGACCUGCUUGCCCAUGCGAAUUACACUUUUGAAGUCGAAGCAGUAAAUGGAGUGUCUGACUUAAGCCGAUCUCAGCGGCUCUUCGCAGCGGUGAGCGUCACCACUGGUCAAGCAGCUCCCUCGCAAGUGAGUGGGGUAAUGAAGGAGCGAGUGCUGCAGCGGAGUGUGGAGCUUUCCUGGCAGGAACCGGAACAUCCCAAUGGAGUCAUCACGGAAUAUGAAAUCAAGUACUACGAGAAAGAUCAAAGAGAAAGGACCUACUCAACACUGAAAACCAAGUCCACCUCAGCCUCCAUUAACAAUCUGAAGCCGGGAACAGUGUAUGUUUUCCAGAUCCGGGCUUUCACUGCUGCAGGUUAUGGAAAUUACAGCCCCAGACUUGACGUUGCCACUCUAGAGGAAGCUACAGGUAAAAUGUUUGAAGCGACAGCAGUCUCCAGUGAACAGAAUCCUGUUAUCAUAAUUGCUGUGGUGGCUGUAGCAGGGACCAUCAUCUUGGUGUUCAUGGUGUUCGGCUUCAUCAUUGGAAGAAGGCACUGUGGUUAUAGCAAGGCUGACCAAGAAGGAGAUGAAGAACUCUACUUUCAUUUUAAAUUUCCAGGCACCAAAACCUACAUUGACCCUGAAACCUAUGAGGACCCAAAUAGAGCUGUCCAUCAAUUCGCCAAGGAGCUAGAUGCCUCCUGUAUUAAAAUUGAGCGUGUGAUUGGUGCAGGAGAAUUUGGAGAAGUUUGCAGUGGUCGUUUGAAACUUCCAGGGAAAAGAGAUGUUGCAGUGGCCAUAAAAACCCUAAAAGUUGGCUACACAGAAAAACAAAGGAGGGACUUUUUAUGCGAAGCAAGCAUCAUGGGGCAGUUUGACCACCCAAAUGUCGUCCAUUUGGAAGGGGUUGUUACAAGAGGGAAGCCUGUCAUGAUCGUGAUAGAGUUCAUGGAAAAUGGAGCCCUGGAUGCAUUUCUCAGGAAACAUGACGGGCAAUUUACAGUCAUUCAGUUAGUAGGAAUGCUGAGAGGAAUCGCCGCCGGGAUGAGAUAUUUAGCUGAUAUGGGAUAUGUUCACAGGGACCUUGCAGCUCGCAACAUUCUUGUCAACAGCAAUCUUGUUUGUAAAGUGUCAGAUUUUGGCCUGUCCCGGGUUAUAGAGGAUGAUCCCGAAGCUGUCUAUACAACUACUGGUGGAAAAAUUCCAGUAAGGUGGACUGCACCUGAAGCCAUUCAAUACCGGAAAUUCACCUCAGCCAGUGAUGUGUGGAGCUAUGGGAUUGUCAUGUGGGAAGUAAUGUCUUACGGAGAGCGACCUUAUUGGGACAUGUCGAAUCAAGAUGUCAUAAAAGCAAUAGAAGAAGGUUAUCGUUUACCAGCACCCAUGGAUUGCCCAGCUGGUCUUCACCAGCUAAUGUUGGAUUGUUGGCAGAAAGAACGGGCAGAAAGGCCAAAGUUUGAGCAGAUAGUUGGAAUUCUAGACAAAAUGAUUCGAAACCCAAGUAGUCUGAAAACACCCCUGGGAACUUGUAGUAGGCCUAUAAGCCCUCUUCUGGAUCAGAAUACUCCUGACUUCACUGCCUUUUGUUCAGUUGGAGAAUGGUUGCAAGCUAUUAAGAUGGAAAGGUAUAAGGAUAACUUCACAGCAGCGGGUUAUAACUCACUUGAGUCUGUGGCAAGGAUGACUAUUGAUGAUGUGAUGAGUUUAGGGAUCACACUGGUUGGCCACCAGAAGAAGAUCAUGAGCAGCAUCCAGACUAUGCGAGCACAGAUGCUGCAUUUACAUGGAACAGGCAUCCAAGUGUGACAUGUAGUUCUCCCUCAUGUGGGACUUAUGACUGCAGGAGAACAGUUCUGGCCUUCAGUAUAUGCAUAGAAUGCUGCUAGAAGACAGUCGGUAUACUGAGUCCUUCCUACAAUAAAGAGAAGAUUUUAGAAGCACCUACAGACUUGAACUCCUAAGUGCCACCAGAAUAUAUAAAAAGGGAAUUUAGGAUCCACCGCUGGUGGCCAGGAACACAGCAGUGACAAUAAACAAAGUACUACCUGAAAAACAUCCCACCACCUUGAGCUCUCGAACCUCCUUUUUAUCUUAUAGACUUUUUAAAAUGUACAUAAAGAAUUUAAGAAAGAAUAUAUUUGUCAAAUAAAAUCAUGAUCUUAUUGUUAAAAUCAAUGAAAUAUUUUCCUUAAAUAUGUGAUUUCAGGCUCUUCUUUUCCAGAACCAUCUGUGUUUCUUCUGCAUAAGGACUUUGUUUUAGAAAAUGAUUUGUAGCUUUGGACCUUUUUAGUGUUAAAUUUAUGACACGUUACUACACUGGGUACCUUUGAAAGAAUCUCAAAAAGGAAACUACACACAGAGUUGAGGAUAUGACUUUGUCCUUCACGGCUUUGGUAUCCUUGCUGUGUCAUUUUUUUCUGUUAAACCAGUGAUGUUUUGAUAUUGUUUGCUGAUUGGCAGGUAGUUCAGAAUUGCAAGUUGCCAAGAGCUCUGAUAUUUUUUUAACAGGAUUUUUUUUUUUAAAUCAGACAACAUACUAACUUUUCAAUGAAAAAAAAAGCAAUAAUGAUCCAUAAAUACUAUAAGGCACUUUUAACAGAUUGUUUAUAGAGUGAUUUACUAGACAGAAUUUAAUAAAAAAAAGUCAAAUUUUAGGUUUAUGUGUAUAUGAUAAAAGGCUGAGGCUUCAUCCGAAGAUGCUGGUGAAGGCAGGGUCUGCAGGCAGGAGUUCUCCAGCAUGAGAGAAAACCCGGUCUGAGCACAUCAAGAGUUUUCAGUCUUGUGACAUUAAGUAAUUUAGGAGAAAUAGUUGACCUAUAUUUUGUAUUCUUUCUUGUUGAAUGCAGUCCAAAUACAAAAGUAAAGAAUUACGUUUUCUAUUGUUACUCUGGAGCAAGAUCAAAGGGGCAGUUCUCUUCUCACCACUCAAAGACAAAUUUGCCACAGAAACUAUCACCAUUGCGGUGAGAAGCAAAGCAAAACAGAGGUAUUUUAUCUAUGAACACACACACACACACACACACACACACACACACACAACUCUUUUAGAUCAAAACUCUUUUACCACAGAAGGAAGAAGUAAAGGGUCUAGCUUUUCCGUUUCCACUUAUUUAUUAAACCAUAUUAUUUGGUUACUUUGUUAGAAUUUCAUAAGCAAUAAUUAAAUGUGUCUUUAUAGAUAUUUCAGGAAUGUAUACAUAUUUGAGUAAUGUUUUCAAAAGUUACAAAAAUCAUGAACUACCCCACACCGAACUGUCGUACUUCCAAAGAAAAUUGGGCUGUUUAUAAUGAUUUUAAUAGAGAAGGACCCCAGGGACUGGUCCUGAUUGGUGUUGUUUGGUAAUGUGGGCAUCCACAAACAAACAAACAGGUAACAAGCAAAAUCUGUAAAUGUUCCUUUGUAAAACUUGUACAUUUUAUUUAUACCGUCUUGUUUUGUAUACACAUUUCUCGGUAGUGGCUCUGAGUACAUUGAAAAUGCACUAUAUUUUUCUAUUUUACUGGCAGAGCUUCACAAAGAAACAGGUAUUUUCAGUGCUACAUAAUGUGUUUUCCCACAUUUAGGACCAAAGAUGGCUAUAGAAAACUCAAAUGGAUUGCUUCCCAAACCCCUCCCCACCCGUUGUUUUUGUUUUGUUUUUUUUUUUUAAUCACUGUACAGUGUUGUUUGAUAUUUUAAUUUAUUUUUUGAUUGAGUAGAGAAACUCAUUUUAAUUUCACUAAAAUGUUUUUGUCCCUAAGGAAAAAAUAAUCUGUAAAAAUAGUUUUAAUUAGCAUAAUCCAGUCACCUAGACACUUCCAUUUGUAAUCUUUGUAAUAGACUGUAAAUAUAUUUUUGGAACUAUAACACAAUGUGCUUGAGGGUUAUUUUUCAGUGUCUGCAACGUAUACACGUGUUUCUACUAAGGACAGCCCUUUACAGUUCUAAUCAGUAGCAUUGGCCUUCGUGCGAAUGAGUGAGAGCUUGAGUGAGUGUUCUCUAAUUCCGUUUGGAUUCUGGACUCACUAAUAAUGAAGUUCUUUUCUUGUUCAUAGCUUAAGGUGCUUAUUUUUUCUAUUAAAAUUAAAUUAACAAAAAGCCAUUCUAGAAAUAGAAGACGCAGUAUGGUACAUGCAGACGAAGUCUUUCCUGCUUUUUCUAGUAAUAGAUUUAUAGUUGAGUAGUCUUUCUUGAGUAGAAGGGCAGAAUAAAAGUUUUUCUUUUGAGUUCUUUUUUUCAAAAACAACUUUUUCCUUCAGCAAUAUACCUCAUCUGCCUUAAAUUUUUUACAGCUCUUUACAGGGAAAGGGGAGAAGGGAUGGGAAAGACACACAGCACAAUAGGAAAUGGAUGAUUGCAUCGCGUGCUCUCGUUUGUAGGUUUCUUUUCCUAAUCAAAAAUAUGAUUUUGAAGUCCAUGUAUGUGAGACAAACCUGAAGAGAAAAGCAAUUAACAUUGUGAAUCUGAUUGUAAUCCUCUCUUCAGGAAAGAGAUGAGAUGCUAUUGCGAUGGGAAUGUACAACUUGCACCUUGAAAUCUUUUUUGAUAACUAGUGCUCAGGGGAGAAAAAAGUAGAGAAAGCAAAUGCCCAACAGAGAAUUCCAAAAUUAUAAAACACACAACAGGAAAUGGCCUCCUUGCUUUAAUACAGCCACCUUUUAUAGAACACCGCCCGCCCACUUGACCUGGUUUGCGUUCAGUACUGAAAUACAAGUAACUUGUUACAUUGGGAGCUAAUAUUUUCUCAGCAAUGGAUCAGGGCCUUGUUUACUAGAACCGGUGGCUCAUGCUUGGCAGAGCACUAUUAGUUGAAUCAUAUUGUAUACUUAUGUAAUCUACAUUAGCUAGUACUAUUUAGGACUAUAUUUUAAUUGCUCCUCUUAUUGGUGUUUUAAGACAAUUGAAAGGGUGUAAGUCACCUCUCUUUUAUUUAGGUAAUGCUGAUUCCCCCACCCCUCCCCUUUUAUUUCCUGAGCAGCCUAAAACUGUACUGCUCAUCUAUGUGCAUGUUCCAAUGAAUUACUGAUGUGUAUUUUUUUGCUAUAUGUGGAGAAAUCAUGGGGAACUUGGGGCGAGAUAUGCUUUUUGUUGGUUGAAUUUUGUCCCUCCUUGCCUAAGAAUUACUACAGGGGUUAUCCUUUUAUAAGGACAAAAUGCUUUUGAACAGUGUCUUCAAUGUAUCAAGCACAAAUAACUCUUUCUUCAACACGAAUCAUAAGUCUCUUUUUACCAGCUUAAAAUAAUAAACAAGUCUAUUAGACAAUGUAAAGAAAAUCCAGUCUCCAGUCAUUGGCGGGUUCUUUCACAUUUCUUAUGCUUUCCUUUCGGAUCUAAUAUCUUGGGAAGAGACAAUAUUUUGUAGAAAUAGUUCAGUGUACUGAUCAGAAUAUGAAUAAAACUGAUUAUUCCUA